CGCGCCAUGCUCCGGCUCCUGGCGCUGUUGCUCCCGCUGCUGCCGCCGCCCGCGCGCGCCCGGGAGCCCUCCGCGCAGGACGUGAGCCUGGGCGUGGACUGGCUGACCCGCUAUGGCUACCUGCCGCCACCUCACCCUGCCCAGGCCCAGCUGCAGAGCCCUGCAAAGCUUCGGGAUGCGAUCAAGGUCAUGCAGAGGUUUGCGGGUCUGCCGGAGACAGGCGUCCUGGACCCUGUGACAGUGGCCACCAUGCAUAAGCCCCGCUGCUCCCUGCCUGAUGUGCUGGGGGCGGCGGGGCUGGUCAGGCGGCGCCGCCGGUAUGCUCUGAGUGGCAGCGUGUGGAAGAAGCGAACCCUGACGUGGAGGGUAAACUCCUUCCCCCAGGGCUCAGUGCUGAGCCAGGAGACAGUGCGGACCCUCAUGCACCAUGCCUUGACCACCUGGGGUGUUGAGUCAGGCCUCGAAUUCCAGGAAGUGGGUUCUCAGGGCCUGAUGGAGCCUGACAUCCUCAUCGACUUUGCGCGGGCCUAUCACCAGGACAGUUACCCCUUCGACGGGCAGGGGGGCACCCUCGCCCAUGCCUUCUUCCCUGGGGAGCACUCCAUCUCUGGGGACACUCACUUCGAUGAUGAGGAGACCUGGACUUUUGGGUCAAAAGAUGGCGAGGGGACGGACCUGUUUGCCGUGGCUGUUCAUGAGUUUGGCCACGCCUUGGGCCUGGGCCACUCCUCAGCGCCCGACUCCAUCAUGAGGCCCUUUUACCAGGGCCCGGUGGGCAACCCCACCGAGUACCGCCUGUCCCAGGACGACCUCGAAGGCCUGCAACAGCUCUACGGGAAAGCACCCCAAACCCCACUUGACAAGCCCACAAGGAAACCCCUGGCUCCUCCUCCCCCACCCCCUGCCCUGCCCCCGGACAGCCCCUACCAACCCGUUCCUGAUCGAUGUGAUGGCCAUUUUGACGCCAUCGCCAACAUCCGAGGCGAAACUUUCUUCUUCAAAGGCCCAUGGUUCUGGCGCCUCCAGCCCUCGGGACAGCUGGUGUCCCCCCGGCCCGCCCGGCUCCACCGCUUCUGGGAGGGGCUGCCGGCCCAGGUGAAGGUCAUCCAGGCCGCCUACGCCCGGCAUCCGGACGGCCGGAUCCUUCUCUUCAGCGGUCCGCAGUUCUGGGUGUUCCAGGACCGGCAGCUGGAGGGCGCCGCGCGGCCGCUCACGGAGCUGGGGCUGCCCCCGGGGGAGGAGGUGGACGCCGUGUUUUCUUGGCCGCUGAACGGGAAGACCUACCUGAUCCGGGGCAGGCGGUACUGGCGGUACGACGAGGCGGCAGCGCGCCCGGACCCCGGCUACCCGCGCGACCUGAGCCUCUGGGAGGGGGCACCGCACGCCCCCGACGACGUCACCGUCAGCAACACAGGUGACACCUACUUCUUCAAGGGCGCCCACUACUGGCGCUUCCGCAAGGGCAGCGUCAAAGCCGAGCAGGACUCCCCCCAACCAAUGGGCCCUAAGUUUCUGGACUGCCCCGCCCCCAGACCCCCCAAAGCGACCCUUAAGCCAGGAGCCUGCGACUGUCAGUGCGAGAUCAGUCAGGCGGCAGGGCGGCCGUCCGUGCCCCCCCUGCUGUCCCUGCUGCCCCUGCUGGUGGGGGGCUUCGCCUCCCGCUGAGGGGUGACCGCCCACCACACGGAAGGGACCGGAUCUCCCACCGCGGGCCCUCUGUCCCCGGGGGCGGAGCU